AUGUCGAACAAAGUGGAAGUCUCGAAGAAAGUUGUAAGCAGUGAUGCUUUCAAGGGUCAAUUUAAGUUUUGGCGAAUCCUGGGUGUCUAUCCCGCCAACGGUUGCAGAUUUUCAUAUAUUUUUAUAUUAACUCUAACUGUCAGUUUAUCAGUUGGCAUGACAAUUUUCCUAUUCCAUUUGGACCAUCUAAAGGACAUUUUGCUAAAUCUGUCGGUGAAUCUUACUUCCAUCGCAAUCAACUUGAAGUUCGCCAAUAUCCUAUUUAGACGGCGAAAUAUUCUGGAUGUAAACACUUGGGUUCACCAGUUGGAUACUCGCGUCUCUUCUGCACAGGAGCAAGAGUGUAUUCGUUCAGCAGUUCGAAUAGCGCAUAAAAUGUUUUAUUUGACAUGUGUCAUGUACAGCGGCUCAAUAAUUUUAGGCGAAUUCAACGCUCUUCUUUCACAUGAAAACAAACUGCUGGGCCCCGCCUGGUAUCCUUUCGAUUGGCAGCAUUCUACCUGGAAAUAUUGUAUUGUGCAUGUGCACCAAAGUGUGGUCUCGGUAUUAUAUAUGUUGCAGAAUGUUUCCAAUGAUACUUUUCCGGCGAUCUACAUGAUUGUCCUAACGAGUCAUAUUAAAACCCUGAACAUUCGUAUCAGGAAAUUGGGCGUGGAGUCAACUGAAUCCUGGCAAGUCACCAAUGCGAAAUUGAUACAAUGCAUAAAGGAUCAGCAAAUGUUAGUUAAGUAUUUUGACACAGUCCGAAAAGCCACUUCCAUUGCAAUUUUCCUUCAGUUUUUUGUCACUGGGAUGGAAGCCUGUAUCAUUGCUGUUUGUGUUUUCUGUGUCGAGGGCAAUUUAUUUGAACUAAUGUUCCUCGGAGAAUACUUCUUUUGCGUAAUCCUGGAAAUAUUUCUUUAUUGUCAUUUCGGAAAUCAACUUGCAGAUGAAAGUGAUCGCAUGACUAAUGCUAUUUAUUCAUGUAAUUGGAUGGAAAGAGACAAAACCUUUAAAAAAAAUUUGAUAAUAUUUAUGCAAUCAACACAACAAAGUAUGACAAUUGUUGCUGGAGGAAUUUUUCCUGUCAAUUUGGCGACAUUUGUUUCGGUUUUGAAAAGUUCAUAUUCGCUAUUCGCGCUGCUAAUGAGUAUGACAUGAAAUGCAAUUUUCACCAUUAAUGUUAGCAUUGAGUUGUGCAACAAUAAUGUCACACAUUAUCUUUUGGAGCAUUCCGAAUGAGAAACGUCACAGCGAUAGGUUUUGUUUGGACAGAAAACAAUAAAAAAUAUAUUUACAAAUGUAAUCCUUAAUAAAAUUGAGAAUAUUAUAAAUCCCCAA